CGGCGGGCCAAUGAGCGGGCGCGUCUCAGCGGCGGGGCGAGCGGGCGGGCGGGCGGCAGCGCUGGGAGCCGAGGCCGAGCGCGGCGGGGCCAUGGAGCGCGCGGCCGGGAGGCGCCGCCGCCACUGCCCGCGCCCCCUGCACUAGCCCCGCGCCCGCCGCGCCGCCGCCCCCUUCCCGCCGCCGCCGCCGCCUCCUCCUCCUCCUCCUCUAUGCGGCGGGGCCGGCGGAGCCGCAGGCCUCGCUCGCCCGCGAGGCUGCCCUCGGCCCGCUGAGCCCGGAGCGCCGAGUACACAGCGUUUUUGGGACACGCCUUUGUUGGAUUUUAAUACAUGUCCUGCUAACAACAGCUUUCAACUAUGGAAUCGACGGUUGAUGAUGAGGCGAUGGCAGCAUAAAUGAAGAUCAAGUAAGGAAGGCAGAACGAUGCCCAAGGGUGGGUGUUCUAAAACACCACAGCCAGAAGAUUUCUCCCUCAGCAACGACAUGGUGGAGAAACAAACGGGGAAAAAGGAUAAAGAUAAAGUUUCUCUGACCAAGACUCCCAAGUUGGACCGGAACGAUGGCGGCAAAGAGGUGAAAGAGAGAGCCACAAAGCGCAAGUUACCUUUCACUGUCGGAACAAAUGGAGAUCAAAAAGACUCGGAUACAGAAAAGCAGGGUCCAGAGCGGAAGAGGAUCAAGAAGGAGCCCGCCACGCGAAAGCCCGGCUUGCUCUUUGGGAUGGGCCUUUCAGGGAUCCGGGCCGGCUACCCGCUCUCCGAGCGCCAGCAAGUCGCUCUGCUCAUGCAGAUGACAGCAGAGGAAUCUGCAAACAGCCCAGUUGACACAACACCAAAGCAUCCCUCUCAGUCUGCCGUUUGUCAGAAGGGAACUCCUAACUCUGCCUCCAAAACCAAAGAUAAAGUAAAUAAGAGAAACGAGCGGGGAGAGACUCGGCUGCACCGCGCUGCCAUCCGAGGAGAUGCCCGGCGCAUCAAGGAGCUCAUCAUCGAGGGGGCGGACGUCAACGUGAAAGACUUUGCAGGCUGGACAGCAUUGCACGAGGCGUGCAACCGGGGUUACUAUGACGUUGCAAAGCAGUUGCUUGCUGCAGGCGCCGAAGUCAACACAAAGGGGUUGGACGACGACACCCCGCUGCACGAUGCAGCGAAUAACGGGCACUUCAAGGUGGUGAAAUUGUUGUUACAUUAUGGAGGGAAUCCUCAUCAAAGCAACAGGAAGGGAGAGACACCUUUAAAAGUAGCUAAUUCCCCCACCAUGGUGAAUCUACUCCUGGGAAAGACCACGUAUCCCUCUAGUGAAGAGAGCUCAACAGAGACCUCAGAAGAGGAGGACGCCCCUUCCUUCGCUCCCUCCAGCUCUGUUGAUGGCAAUAACACAGACUCAGAGUUUGAGAAGGGUUUGAAGCACAAGCCCAAGGCCCAGGAACCCCCCAAGACCAUCACCCCGGUGAAGGAUGAGUAUGAGUUUGAUGAGGACGAUGAACAGGACCGGGUACCGCCAGUCGAUGACAAACAUUUGCUGAAAAAGGAUUACAGAAAAGAGACUAAAGCAAACAGUUUCAUUUCCAUACCCAAAAUGGAAGUGAAAACUUAUACUAAAAAUAACACGAUUACACCAAAGAAAGCUGCCCACCGCAUCCUGUCGGACAGCUCGGACGAGGAGGAGACUAGCGUUGCUGUGGGGACUGGGGAGAAGCUGCGACUUUCGACUCACUCGAUAUUGCCCAGCAGCAAGAUCCGAGAGCCCGCCAGCACAAAGCCACAGAAGGAGAAAAGCAAAGUAAAAAAGAAGCGGAAGAAGGAGACUAAAAGCAAAGAGGUUCGGUUUGGCAAAAAAAAUGACAAAUUUUGUUCCUCUGAAUCAGAGAGUGAAAACGUGGAGAGUGAGGAGGAUGAUAGAGACUCUCUUCAGAGCUCUAGCUGUGUAAAGGACUCCAGGCUAGUGCUAAAGGAAUCCUCCUUGUUUAACUCUCUGUCUGCCUCAUCGACCUCUUCUCAUGGGAGUUUAGCAUCCCAAAAACAUAAUCCUAAUCUUACAGAACAGCACUCCAAGCACUGGAGGACGGACAAUUGGAAAACCAUAUCUUCUCCAGCUUGGUCAGAUGUCAGUUCCUUAUCGGACUCCACGAGGACGAGACUGACAAGCGAGUCAGACUACUCGUCCGAGGAGUCGAGCUUAGAGUCACUAAAGCCGGUCAGGAAGAAACCAGAGCACAAAAAGAAAAACAACCCACACAACACCGUUUCUGAGAAAAAGAAUUCAUUCCAUUCCAAUGUGGAUGGAGCAAUUCCAAAGCUGGACAAGGAGGGGAAGGUUGUUAAAAAGCAUAAAACAAAACACAAACAUAAAAACAAGGAAAAGGGGCAGUGUCCCAUCAGCCAAGACAUUAAAAUAAUCAAAACUUUUUCUUUUGAGUUUGAGGACUCUAAACAAAAGCCUGAGAAAGGCUUGAUAGUAGAGACAGAAAAUCCAGUCGAAAAUAAAUUGAAGGUGUUAAAGCAUGAGCGAGAACACUGUAAGAAGGAAGAAAAGCUCCCCAAAGGUAAAAUGGAGGAGAAGGAAUGGCUGUUCAAAGAUGAGACUGGAAAAUCCUCGAAAGAGGAGAAAUCAUUAAGAAAACUCAAAGAUGGUAGUAAAGACACGAGCAAAUCCUUCAGAGAAGGAUUAAGUAAAUCAGAAAAAGAGAAGCCUGUAAAGGAGAAGUCUCCCAAAGAGGAGAAGCCCAGAAUACACAAGGAAGAAAGAAAGAAGAAGUCAAAGGACAAACAAUCAAAAUCUGAAAAGAAGAAUGAUCUGAAGGAGGAGAAAAUUGCUAAACUAGAGAAAGAAAAAUCCUUCAAAGAAGAGAAAGAAAAAUGCAAGAAAGAAAAAGUUUACAGGGAAGAGUCUGGGUUUGAUGAGUUUAAUAACAAAGGCCAAUUUGCCGAAAGCGAGGACACAAAGUUCAGCCUCUCGGAUGAUCAGCAAGAGAGAUGGUUUUCAGACUUGUCAUCUGAUUCUUCCUUCGAUUUCAAGGGUGAAGAUAGCUGGGAUUCUCCAGUAACAGAUUUCAGGGAGAUUAAAAAUGACACUGUGGCAAAACUAAUCAUAGAACCCGUGAAAGAGGAAAUUAAAGACAAGAAAAAAGAAAACAAAACGAAAGAGAAGAAAGAAUACAAUGAAAAACGUAAUGAAAAGGACACUUUCUUAAAAAAGAAAGAGAGAGACUAUGUGGACAAAAACUCUGAGAAGAAAAAGGACCAAACUGAAAGACACAAAGUUACUCCUAGUUAUUUGCCUGAAAAGGACAAGAAAAGGAAGGAUUCUGCAGAAAGCGUCAAAGAGAGAAAAGAAAAAGAUACAGGUGAAACCAACAAAGAUAGAAAAGAUUCCUCUGAUGGCUCUAAAGAUCGAAAAGAUGUUAAAAGUAAGCAGGAAGAGCCCUAUCGAGAUGAAUUUAAAGACUAUGGUUGUGAAACAUUCUUCAAGGAUAAGUCUGACCCUGAAUUCAGUGGCAAAAGUCUGGAGAGUUGGGAUAGGCACCAUUCUGGGAAGGAGAAGGAGAAGAAAGACGCUCCUGAUAAGGAAAAAAAAGAAAAAGCGAAGCCAGAAAAAUACAAGGAAAAAUCCAAAGAGGGAGACAAGGAGAAAAAUGAAAAAGUCGCUCCGGAGAAAAACCUGAAAGACAAAGAACUAGAUAAAAGUUUCAAAGAGAAAAAAGAAACGAAAGAGAAAUACAAAGACCUGCACAACAAAGACAAAGAAAGGAAGAGUUCUUUUGACCAGGUUAAAGAAAAGAAAGAGAAAAACUUCUCUGCAGAUAGAGAUGACUUCUCCGAGAAAAAGGAGGAGAAGAAAGGCAAAGAGAAAAGCUGGUACAGCAUCGCAGACAUCUUCACAGAUGAAAGUGAAGAUGAGAGGGAUGAUUACAGCUUAACGGGGUUCAAAGUCAGUGAAGCUGUUGGGAGCGAAAUGCAUCGGCUCGACAGUCUGCAGGAGAAGGAUGAUGGUGCAGCUGCUGAAAAGGAACUCUACACCGACAAACACCGCAAGUACUCCUCGGACAGGCAGCAUUCAGGAGAAAAGCAGAAAGAGAAGGAUUCUAAGGAGAAGAAAAAGGACAAAGGAACAUCGGAAGGCGGAAAAGAGAAAAAGGAGAAGAAUUCCUUUGAAAAACACAAAGAGAAGAAAGAUUCUACGGAGAAGUACAAAGACAGGAAAGACAGAACAUCCAUAGACUCCACUCAGGAAAAGAAAAACAAGCAAAAGCUCCCUGAAAAAGCUGAAAAGAAACAUGCCAAUGACGAUAAGGUGAAAAACAAGCAUAAGGAAAAGAUGGAUAAAGAGCAUUCCAAAGAGAAAAAGUCUUCAAAAGGAGGAGAGUCAGAGAAGAGCCUGCUGGAAAAAUUGGAGGAGGAGGCUCUGAAUGACUACAGAGAUGACUCCAAUGAUAAAAUCAGUGAAAUCUCUUCUGAUAGCUUCACAGAUAGAGGACAGGAUCCAGGACUGACCAGCCUCUUUGAGUCUUCUAAUCUCUCUCUUACUGAUGCCUCUGAAGAAAAAUUUAAAGAUUCUCUCCCUUUGCCCUGCUUGCAGGACAAACUCAAGGAGAAGGAGAGACACCGACAUUCCUCAUCUUCAUCGAAGAAAAGUCACGAGAAAGAAAAAGCAAAGAAGGAGAAGACAGAGAAGAAAGAAAAAACAGAAGAUUUUAAAGACUCCAGUAGCAGAAAAGAUUCCACUCAUUACGAAAAGGAUUUCUCUGUGGACGGGGAGGCUUUUAGCACUUCCUACAACAUGAAGGCAGAGCCUGAUGAAGAACCAGAAAAAAGCAUUGAUUACUUAUUUUCUGAAAAGAAAGAUAAAAAUGAUUCUGAAAGAGAGCUGUCAAAGAAGGCAGAAAAAGAAAAGAGUUAUGGUUCCAGCGCCAUCAGCACAGUGAAAGAGAAAAAGAAGCGAGAUAAACACAAGGAAAAAUGGAAGGAAGAAAAGGAAAAGCAUAGAGACAAACAUGCAGAUGGUUUCUUUAAACAUCACAAAGAUGAGCCAAAGUCAACAGUUAAAGACAAGGACAGUCCUCAAGUUACCACCUUUAAAGAUAAAUCAAAGGAGGAAAACCUCAAAUUUGGCGAAACCAAGCUGAAGGAGAAACUCAAGGAGAACCAAGAGAAAGACAAAACAGAGUCAAUAAAAAUAAGCAAUGGAAAUGAAAAAAUAACCCUUUCCAAAGAUACUGGCAAGAAAGAUACCAGGCCAAGGGAGAAACUUCUGGGAGAUGGUGAUCUGAUGAUGACCAGCUUUGAGAGGAUGUUGAGUCAGAAGGACCUGGAAAUUGAAGAACGCCACAAAAGGCACAAAGAGAGAAUGAAGCAAAUGGAGAAAAUGCGACACAGAUCCGGAGACCCCAAAUUAAAGGACAAAAUUAAAAGUGCUGAAGAGGUGCGCAAGAGGAGCCUGGAUCUGGCGACAAAGAAGCCGUUAACGCUGGAUACACAGCUUAAGGACAAGAAGCUUAAAGAAUUAGGUCCACUGACUCCUAUACUGUCACCGGACAACAAGGCACAGCCUGCUGUUGGGACCGAUUCUAAAGACUGGAUAACUGGCCCUCAGCUGAAGGAAAUCCUUCCCGCGUCUCCCCGGCCGGACCAGAACAGGCCGACAGGCGUUCCGACCCCAGCGUCCGUGGUAUCUUGUCCAAGCUACGAAGAGGUGAUGCAGACACCAAGGACUCCUUCGUGCAGCAACGAAGACUACACGGAUCUGAUGUUCGAAUGUGCGGAUUCGCAGCACUCGCUGCCCAUAUCCACGAUGUCCAUGAACGCGUGUUCUCCAUCCUUCUUUGACAGAUAUGCAAAUGUUUCUAGCGGGCUCCCUGAGAAUCCGAGUCAGACCCCAACACGUACCAUACCUUCUACGAACCUUUACCGGUCUAUCUCUGUGGAUAUCAGAAGGCCAGCUGAGGAAGAAUUCAGCGUUGGAGAUAAAUUCUUCAGACAGCAAAGUGUCCCAGCAACAUCAAAUUAUGACUCUCCAGUGCAGCAUUUAAUGGAGGAAAAAGUUCCCCUUCCCUCUGUUCCUGCAGAGAAGUUCCAGUGUUUAUCUCCUGGGUAUUAUUCACCUGAUUAUGGGGUUUCAUCACCUAAGGUGGAAGCUUUGCACUGUGCACCAGGAGCUGUCAGCGGAGUUGCCCAGUCACCUGAAAGUGUCUUUUCUGGUUUACAAGCAAAAUCCUCCCCUUCACAUAGAGACGAACUGCUGGCCCCUUCUGUAGAAAGUGCUCUUCCUCCUGAUCUUGGCAUGCCGUUGGAUACCACAGAAGAGCAGCAAGCUACUGCUUCUAUUAUGCCACCAGAACCCACCUUCUUACCGCCUAUGGAAGAAAACCAUUUUAGUUCGGCCAUGCCAGAACAAAACAAUAUGGACUGGGACAACCCUCCUUCCAGAAAUCCUGACACUGCAAUUCCUCCCAGCCUGAUGGCCAACCCAGCAGAGCACUCUGUCGGCUGGUCCAUGGGCUCAGAGCUUCUAAUGAAAUCUCCCCAGAGGUUUUCGGAGUCCCCUAAACCACCCCUCUGUUCCCUAGAACCAAUUCAUCCUACACCAGUAGCCUUCAUUCCCACAGAUACGUCAUACCCAGUUUCUCCUAUAUCUUACCCUCUGUCAGUGUCUGAACCAGGGCUUGAUGAAGUCAAGGAAGAUGCUGAAGAAGCAGUUCCAGGAGAGAUAGCGACUGCUGAUGAGCAAGCGCCAUAUAUGUCCCCUACUAGAUUAGACACGUUCUUUAAUAACUGCAAGCCUCUUCCAGAAGAAGCACCUGAGAUACCUCCAGAGCCCCCUUGUAUGCCGACAGAAACUCAGGCAGAAGUUGUUAAGACACCAGAAAACAACUAUUUGGAAAACAAUAAUACUGCGCCUGCAAAUACAGAGGAGCCUGUAACGUGGCCUGAUCCAUUCACCAAUACAGAAGAUGAUUUGGACCUUGGCCCCUUCUCACUACCAGAGUUGCCGCUCCAACCUAAAGAUGUUCCAGAGACAGAGAUGACAGAAGCAGAACCGGUAGAAGAAAGUCCCGUAACAGCUUCAGAAACAAGUGCUGGGAUUAUUAAAGCGAGUGCGUCUGUAAUAGCUUCCAGUGAACAGGAGGAGCCGCCAGCCAGCCAGCCAACUACUGCCCUGCCUGUGGAAACAGAACCGCAAGCAGAGGAGCAGAAAUCGGAAGCGACUGCACAAGAAGCCACCUCAGAAGUGCUGAACGUACCUGAUGAAAAAGGAAUAGAGGAAUCAGAAGCACAGAUUUUCCAACAGACCUCAUCAGAGUCUGCCCAGGUAGAGAGCAAAGAGGUGGAGCCCAUUCAUGAAGACCUGUCCUCUUCCAGUGGGGUGGCAGAGAGCAAUUCCCAAAGCUGUCCUCCACCGGUGACCACUCCCGAGAGUGGCAUCACACAGGAGAGUGCUGCAGCACGCAGUGGGAGCCAAGUCUCUUCCUCCCAGACAGAGGCACCUCCAGGGAACACUCAAGCAGAAAUCAUUGAACCAGUCCAAAAACCAAUAGCAGAAGCUCCCAAACCGCCCAAAAUAGAAGAGAUUCCUCAGCGGAUUACCAGGAACCGGGCUCAGAUGCUGGCCAAUCAAAACAAGCAGAACGCUGCGUCUUCUGAGAAGGAAUUUCCUCCUGUUUCUGCACCUUCCACGCGUGCCAAAGGCCGAAUUACAGAGGAAGAAGAUUCCCAGACUCAGCACCCACGAAAACGCAGGUUCCAGCGUUCCAACCAGCAGCUGCAGCAGCAGAUCAACACCUCCACCCAGCAGACGAGAGAGAUGAUACAGCAAACACUGGCAGCUAUUGUAGAUGCUAUAAAACUGGAUGACAUUGAACCUUAUCACAGUGACAGAUCCAACCCCUACUUUGAGUACCUCCAGAUCAGGAAAAAGAUUGAGGAGAAGCGGAAAAUCCUCUGCUAUAUUACUCCCCAGGCUCCACAGUGCUACGCUGAAUAUGUCACCUAUACUGGCUCCUACCUACUGGAUGGCAAACCUCUAAGCAAGCUUCAUAUUCCAGUGAUCGCCCCGCCGCCGUCGCUGGCAGAGCCGCUGAAGGAGCUCUUCAAGCAGCAGGAGGCCGUGAGGGGGAAGCUGCGGCUCCAGCACAGCAUCGAGCGGGAGAAGCUGAUUGUCUCCUGCGAGCAGGAGAUCCUGAGGGUUCACUGCCGGGCAGCGAGGACCAUCGCCAACCAGGCCGUGCCCUUCAGCGCCUGCACCAUGCUGCUGGACUCCGAGGUCUACAACAUGCCUCUGGAAAAUCAGGGAGACGAAAACAAAUCGGUGAGAGACCGUUUCAACGCGCGACAGUUCAUUUCCUGGUUGCAAGACGUGGAUGACAAGUACGACCGAAUGAAGACGUGCCUGCUGAUGCGACAGCAACACGAGGCUGCUGCCCUCAACGCGGUGCAGAGGAUGGAGUGGCAGCUGAAGGUGCAGGAGCUGGACCCCGCGGGCCACAAGUCCCUCUGCGUGAACGAGGUGCCCUCCUUCUACGUGCCAAUGGUCGACGUGAACGAUGACUUUGUGCUCUUGCCGGCAUGACAGUUCCAGACCGGGAGACAUCGCUGAAGACUGGCAAGGACGGGAGCCCUCCGAGGUCGGGCGGUCGAGCUCACAUUCACCCUUACCGCUUGCUGAUGAAUCCCUGGUCAGAGGAGGAGGAAGCAGCUAUCGGCAGAAAACUAAACAAUAAGAAAAAAAAUUGCACUUUCUUCACAGCGCGUCCCUCACUUCCGGACUGAGGUGGCUCCGCCGGGCAGCGGGGUGGGGACGCAUCUCCUUUCCGCGCGGCCGCCGCGGCAGGGAGGCAGCCGGGCUGCGCGCAGCAGCGAGCGCCUCGCCGGCGAAGGGACUGGCCUGGAGGGAGGAGGCCAAGGACACCGUUUGGUGUUGCAGAAGCUGCCGAGCGGGGCCAGCAACCACGUGAUUCAUGUACUUGUGAACGCGGUGAUUUCCAGCUCUCUGCUUUCCACCGGUCUGCGGAUCUCCCCGCAGAGAAGCUGCGGUAGGAAACUACGGGGGGUGGGGGGGGUGUUUGAGUUUCUCGUUCCAUCCUGGGUAUGUCUAAAAACAAAAACAAAAAAUUAGAAGCAACAGAAAGCGUCCAACUUCGGCAGACGCGGCUCUGGAGGUGUGCGCGGCGCCAGGCUCCGGAGCGGGGCAUCCCGCAGCAGCCGCUCGCCACCGCUCCGCAACAGCGGCGGGCGCCGCCGGCCCGCGGCACGCUGGGGCAGCGCGGCGAGCGGCGGACGGACGGACGGACGGACGGAGAAAUGGUGACGCAGAGAAAGGACUUUGCCAACUGUGUUUUUAAUGGAGUAAAAUCCAUGUGGUUUAUAUAUUUUUUCCUUUAAUCUUGGGCAUUUCGUUUCUCUUUCUGAGAACAUAACUUGAAAACACUACAGAGCCAAUACUCAUAUAAAGAAAAAUUGUAUCCCAUAAAUGCUGUACAGUUUUUAUAUACAUUAACAAUGUACUUUUGCUGCCUUCUAGAUAAUUUAUUUUGCAACACAUUACUGCACAGUUGUAAAUAACUUAUGUACUGUAACAUCACUUUCAGUUAUGUGUAAAGAAAUAAAUAAAUUAAUUAAAAUUA